UAGUUCACUAUCAGGUCAGGUGACCCAACUGUGAAGAUUCCAAAGCUCGCUCACGUACGAGCAGAGAAGUAAACAGAGACGCAUCAUGGAGGCCGCUGAUCCUCGGUCCUCGAGUGACGACGCGCAGACUAGCAGAGGCGGAUUCUCGGGCGGGGAGAGCAGCAGUGACCGGGACGGCGGGCGGUCCGGAGGGAGCGGCGGUGAGGGCGAGCGGGAGCAGCGGGAAAGGGCGACGUUCGAGUGUAACAUCUGUCUGGACACCGCCAGGGACGCCGUGAUCAGUCUGUGUGGACAUCUGUUCUGCUGGCCGUGUCUCCAUCAGUGGUUGGAGACGAGGCCAAGCAGGCAGCAGUGUCCUGUGUGCAAAGCGGGAAUCAGCAGAGAUAAAGUCAUUCCUCUGUACGGCCGUGGCAGCACCAGCCAGGAGGACCCCAGAUUAAAAACUCCACCUCGACCUCAGGGACAGAGAACAGAGCCUGAGAGCAGAGGGUUUCAGGGUUUUGGUGAUACCGGGUUCCACAUGUCUUUCGGUAUCGGUGCUUUUCCUUUCGGCUUCUUCACUACAAUAUUCAACACCAACGACCCUUUCCACAGACCAGAUCCCCACUAUGCAGCAGAUCACCAAGGCAACGGGAAUGUUAACAACGGCAACAACUGGCAAGACUCGCUCUUCCUCUUCCUCGCCAUCUUCUUCUUCUUCUGGAUGUUGAGUGUGUGAAUGUGUGAGCGAGAGAACGAGAGAGAGAUACGGAGAGAAAGAGAGGGAGAGAUGAUGUCAGGACUGACACACACACACACACACACACACACACACACACACACACAGAUUGUCCAGGACAGAGGAACAGUAUUAAAAGACAGUGGGAGUUUAAUGAUUUUUCCAUUAAAAAAAUAAUAAAGUAAUUGUCUGAUAAAUAACACACACACACACACACACACACACGUCUACAUCGUCAUCCCACUGUUUCAUGACUUCUGCUUGAUACCAAAGACAAUUCCACGUCACAUGUUAGCGUAUUAAGCUACUAUUGAUGAGCACAUUAGUGUAAGUAAAAAGUAUUAUUUAGCCCUUUCGGUACUCGGGUGUCUAAUCUGUGAACACGUCACACUUUUUCACUGCAAAGGAGUCCAAUGGGACCGGAUUACAAACGUACAUAUUACUGAUGCAGUGCAUUAUGGGUAUUUUGUAUGGUGUAGCAAAUCCAUGACGAUAAAGGAUUAACAUGAUCUGCGUUAGGUCAUUAAUUAUAUACUCUUAUGGCAAGGUGAUCAGGGAUGACAGCAGAACGUGACAUUAUUCCAGCUGAAAGCCAUCAUGCACUGCUAUGUCCUUUUGUGUGUGUUUGUAUUGUGACGUUACAACGAAACACUUAAUCCUUCUCUGUAACUUUUGGGAGAACUAUAACUGUUAAACAGCUAGCUUUCGGGCUGCUCUCGGAUUCUCGGUCGGCCGUCUGACACGUCACGUGGCUCGCUGAGCUGUGAACAGAUGAGUUGGGAAAUGAAAAACCUUACUCUGCGCAAAUUUGCUCUUAUUACGAUGUGAACAGGUGACAGUGGUCGAUGUCAGUGACAUGUCAGUAGUAAGUGUGUCUAACAUAUUGCUGGUUGCUAUGGAUUCACAAGUAGGGUCGGUGUAGUAUGACCGGGCUGCACAACGCAGUAGCUAGCAACAGACUGGAUACGGAUUACGGGUUCUGGUGGGUGUGGCUUGUCAAGACAUUCUGUUUGAGUAGAUUAAACAUUUUAAGCCCUUUGAAAUGUCUUACUAAUUGGUUCAGGAAUCAUCGCUAUGAAUGAGCAUCUGACAGAAACCACUCUCUAGUCUUGUACAUACAUAAAGACACGUUUUCCAGUCGCCUGCCCUCUAACAUCGCUGGUGAUCGUGCCACUCGAUGAUGCUGACGUUAACAAUAGCAUUCAGCUGCGAGUGUGAAUCAUAGUCGUCUCUGAUGUUCAAUGACGCUGAACCGUCAUAAGGAAGACCACAAAAAAAGUGUUAAUUCAGCUGCAAGUCAUUUCUAAUAGUGUUAAUAAGAGCAGUGUUAAAGACCUAGAGUUAAGGAUAACUGUGUCUCUGUGCGUUGGGACAGAUGCAGAAAAUGAGCUCAUGCCUUCCAUUUUAUUGCUUUUUAUUUUGAAUGUAGUGCAGCGUGGCACUGUUAAAGCCUGGUUCCUUAACAGGUCAGAUAGCGUAACGUUUAAGAUUAGCACUGUACAUUACUUACACACGUACAUUAACCCUAAUAGAACAAUGAACAUGUUUGCACACACUAAAUAAUCAUCAGGAACUCUCGAGUGUUAGCACUUGGGGCGGAGCCUUUAAAUGGCCAACGUUAGCAUGCGCACUAACAGGAUGGGAAUUUGGGGCGGAGCCUAAUGUGUAUGAAAUUGUUGUUUGGUCUUGUAACAAGCACUGUUAAGCAAACUAACAGAAUUCUACAGUAUGAAUGAGUUUCACACUGUGACGUGUGUGUGUGUGUGUUUUUGUCUAGAGAUUGACUAUUUCUGUACUUUAUUCUGUAAGAUUGUAGUAAUGACAUCAUUAUGAUGCGUUAUGGAGGCGGUGUAUAAAAUUUCUUUUUCUAACAUGCCCCUUUCUGACUGCUUCUGAGAGCGAGCACUCGCAGCAUGAGAGAGGAAGUGUGGAUCAUCAGGAAGGUCAGAACCACGCCAGGAACAUGAAUUCCAACCAGACUGAACAACUCCAGAUGUAUUCCUUUGGCAAACUCAGAACACUAGUGAUUUGAUGUUAUGCUAGCAUCGUUUUGACUAGCAUUUGAGGCAGAGGCAUUUUUUCAACACUCCCUUUUAAGAACCUGCCGUUUUUGUAAAAUGUUGAUUUAACUAAAUCUUUAUAAAGGCCAAGCAGACUCGAUCAAGGGGAAGUGGACAAGGAUGUUUUAAACUCACAAAUGGAAUGUGAUGAUGAUGAUGAUGGUGUGUGAGUGUAUGUGCUUUAUCUUGCUGUUGUGAUGCUUGUCUUUUUGACCCGAACAGGAGAGUUAUAUAUGUGCUGGGUGUUGUGGGCGGGGCUUACAGGUGAUGUGUAAAAGUGGGCGGGGCUCUUUACAGAAAGUCAGUGAAUAAAUGUUUCCUACUGGAUUUA